AUGUAUGCUUCUGAGAAUACCUGGCUCCAAGGGAUAUUUGAAAAGAUCCUGAAAAAAUACAGUCCCUCUACUGAUGCUGCCCCUCCUCUUCAUUUUGCCAUCUUCUUUCUCCCAGAGUCAGACAUUGCAGACUUCGAUGGCAGAAGUUCACUCCUCUACAGGUUCAACCAGAAGCUUAUGAGCACAUUCAAAGAUGUGGUUUCCUUGAGGUUCAAGAGCAUGCAGGGGGAUGGAGUCUUAUUCCAUGGAGAAGGACAGCGUGGAGACUACAUUACCUUGGAACUGCAGAAAGGGAAGCUCUCCUUGCACAUCAACCUGGGGGACUCCAACCUUCACUUCAGUAACAGCCACAUGUCCGUCACCCUGGGCAGCCUCUUGGAUGACCAACACUGGCACUCGGUUCUCAUAGAGCGCUUCAACAAGCAAGUGAACUUCACGGUGGACAAGCAUACCCAGCAUUUCCGAACAAAGGGGGAUUCAGAUCACUUGGAUAUUGAUUAUGAGCUCAGUUUUGGAGGGAUUCCCGUCCCAGGGAAACCAGGAACCUUUCAGAGGAAAAAUUUCCAUGGGUGCAUUGAGAACCUUUAUUACAAUGGAGUCAAUAUAAUUGACCUGGCAAAACGGCGCAAACCUCAGAUCUAUACUGGGAACGUGACCUUUUCUUGCUCAGAACCACAAAUUGUUCCUAUCACCUUUGUCAGCACCAGUCGAAGCUACUUGCUACUACCUGGGACUCCUCAAAUUGACGGUUUGUCAGUCAGCUUCCAGUUUCGAACAUGGAAUAAAGAUGGCUUACUUAUGUUCACCGAAUUGUCUGAAAAUUCAGGACCUCUCUUGAUUUACCUCCAUGGUGGGAGAUUGACACUACUUAUUCAGAAAGAGACAGAGAACCCAGUAGAAAUCAGUGAAGGCACCAAUCUCCACGAUGGGCUUUGGCAUUCUGUUAACAUCAAUGCCAGAAGACAUCGCAUUACCCUGACACUGGAUAGCAAUGCUGCUACUGCUAGCCAUGCCACCACUGUCUCAAGGAUCUACUCUGGGAACAGCUACUAUUUUGGAGGAUGCCCUGACAAUUUCACCGAUUCCCAGUGUUUAAAUCCCAUUACUGCUUUUCAAGGCUGUAUGAGGCUCAUCUUUAUUGAUAACCAGCCCAAGGACCUAAUUUUAGUUCAGCAAGGCUCCCUGGGGAAUUUUAGUGAUUUACAGAUUGAUCUGUGUGGCAUCAAAGACAGAUGUUUACCCAACUACUGUGAACAUGGAGGAAAAUGCUCUCAGUCCUGGGCCACCUUUUACUGCAAUUGUAAUGAUACAGGCUACAUGGGAGCUACCUGUCAUAACUCUAUCUAUGAACAAUCUUGUGAGGCUUACCGACACCAAGGGAAGACGUCAGGUUUCUUCUACAUUGAUUCUGAUGGAAGUGGACCACUUGGACCACUCCGUGUUUUUUGCAAUAUAACAGAAGAUAAGAUCUGGACUGCAGUACAGCACAACAACACAGGGCUAACCAGAGUACAAGGAGCUGAUCCGGCGAAGCCGUACACCAUGUCCUUUAACUACAACAGCAGUGGGGAGCAGCUUGAAGCCAUGAUAAACAGUGCAGAAUACUGUGAACAGGAGGCAGCCUAUCACUGCAAAAAGUCACGUCUCCUGAACACCCCAAGUAAGUGCCAUGGUCCCAAAUCUUUACCUGUUAACUCUUACUGA